AUGGCGACGCUGAAGUCGCUGAUGUGGGCCAUGGUGCUGCUGCUGAUGAUUAUCUACGUGUUCGGCCUCGCGUUCACGGGGGAGGCCCUGGACCACUCGAUCUCCGGCGGCGUCAGCUGGCGGGAGCCAGCCGUGGCGCUGCAGGGCAUCUCGGUCCUCCCGACCUCCCUCUUCACUGUGUACAUCGCGUUCGUGUACUUCGCCGUCUUGAAUGUCACCGGUGUGUUCUGCAGUUCAGCAGUAGAGACAACCCAGCGAAAUCCGGAUCUGGUCGCCAAGUCUAUCAUCGAUAACCGGCGAGCUUGCACGGAGAAGUUGCAGCAGCUCUUCGGUGCCAUCGACGACGACGCGUCGGGUCUCAUAACCAUCGACGAGCUAGAGCUGAUCUCCGAGGACGACCUGAUGAAGGCCUACUUCCAGGCCCUCCAGAUCGACUUCCGCGACGCAUACACGCUGUUCAAGCUCAUAGAUGCCUCGAACGAUGGUGCCAUCAAGCUGGACGAUCUGCAGGGCUUCGCCCUUUUCCGACAGGGAUGCGAGAAGCUGAAGGGUAAUGCCACAAGCAUGGAGAUGGCCGAGAUCAGCUACGACAUGAGAAGGCUGGCCACCCAGGCCAUGCGUGAGGACAUCGCUUUCUUUGUCGCUCAGGUUUCCGCCAUGCUGGUGGCACUGGACAGUAAUGGGCGUUGCCGGAACGAGAUGGACGACAUGCUCAAGCCGAGCGCCGAGAAGUUGCUCCGGGCGCCCGCCGGCGGCGGCGGGCCGCGGCCGACCGCCCGGUCGCUGGCGGCCAUGGGCGGUCACAGGGGCGGCCAGGGCUCGUCGCCGCGCCUGCUGGGUGGCGGCCACAGGGGCGGCCAGGGCUCGUCGCCGCACCUGCUGGGCGCGUCGGGGGACGGCGCCGCCGGCCCCGACUCGCACCCAGCCUCCCAGGACCCGACCCUGUCGGCUGCGCAGGCAGCGAUCUCUUGGGCUGCGGAGCUCCAGGGGCCCAGCGGCGCGGGCGCGGCGGGCAGCUGGCCGAAGGCGCGGCCCCAGCAGCCGCCGAGCGCCGCCGAGCCGCUCCACCCGGCCCCCGAGCUCGCCGCCGCUCACCUCGAGGGCCCAGCCCGCGGCUGGGCCGAGCGGCUCCUCCGCACACGGAGCCGGCUGCUGGAGGAGGCCGAGGUCCUCGAGUCCGUCAUCGCCUCCCUGACAGAAGACGCGUCCGCGGAGAAUGCGCUGGAGCACCUCGCGUUCAUCGACUGGGGCUGGCCCGGCGAGGGGGCCGGCCACGCCCGCCAGAUCUCCGAGGGGGCGGAGGUGCUGCCCACGAAGCAGCCGACCCAGCCCCCGGACGAGUCCGCCGACCUGCCCCCUCAGCCCGCGCAGGGCGAGAGCACCCCGGCCCCGGAGGGCGACGCCGAGAACAGGACGGCCAAGAAGAAGGUCACCACACAAUCGAGGGUCACCACACAAUCGAGCACCACGCCGUUGACGGCCUCCCGCUCGACCGAGGUGGGGGAUGUGCUCGGCUGCGCCGUCGCUGCGCUCAAGCAGCAGUCUGGGGGCAGCAAGAAAAUAGACUUCACGCCCUUAACGUCGCCCGCGCUGUCGAAGGCUCCCAGCAGGUAUGAUCACCAUCACCAGGUGCUCUUCAACGGAAAGCAGGUGAUGAGCACCACGUUCGAGAUCUUCUUCGGAGCCGUGAUCGGGACCAACGCGCUCGUGAGCGGCGUGGAGGUCCAGUACAGGAGCUCGCACAUCGGGGAGGAGAUACCGGACAUCUUCAUAAUCAUACGCCACACCUACACCUUGCUCUUCCUGGUGGAGCUCGCGAUGCGCGUCUGCACGCUGGGCCCCCGCAAGUUCUUCACGAGAGGGGAGGCGUGCGGCCUCGAGCUCACGCUGGACCAGCUGCAUCUGCUGCAGGUCAUCGCUAUCGCUGAGUGGCGACUACACGCUUUCCUCGCGCCGUUAGAGUCCAAUCUGCACUACUGCCUGGCCGCAGGCUGUUACACGAAGGCCGAGUUUCGCAGGUUGGACGGUUUUCAGGCGAGAUGCUUGCGGGUCAUUCCAAAGGUCCCUCCAGCGGGAAGGCUUCGGACAGCGUGGAUCCAGGCAGUGUUGCCCGACGGCAUCAGAUUGGAGGCCGCCGCUUCCGACAAGCAGCAGCGGCGCAGGAGCGCGAAGAACUUCUGA